AUGCUGAUGAUGGCUGUCCAAGACGAGCAAUCCAAAGACGACUGGGUUUCGGAGGGCGAUGCAAGAGAGACUUGGGCCGACCUCCGCUGGGGGCAUGCUGGUAAUGGUCCUAGCGCGACCCUAGGCUGCCACGCAUUCCGACGUGCUUCCGGCUGGCGUCACCUCCUGCUGCACGACUGGUACAACGUCUCCUCUUCCGUUCGCGAGACAGUAUUGGUGAACGUAUAUGCGUCGGGCGGUGCAAGUUUGGCGAAACAUGCUGAUGCGGGCCUGGCUUCAUUCUCAAUCUUGGCCGAAGCGGUUCCGCACUCCCAUCCAGAAUUCGCAACUCAAGGCCACGGGCUUUCUCAAACUGGCGGCCAGCCGCUGGCGACCACCAGUAGCAGCAGCACACUGGCUGCAGGCACUGCGAAGCCCACGACACUGGAGUCGCUCACAAUUUCGUUGGCCGGGACUGAGGCAAGAGAUCCAGGCUGGCUGGCCGCCGCUGCUCCAACCUCGGCCGAGCUUUGGCAGACGAUCACAUGA